AUGCCGUAUCAUGAGGAAGAUGAUGAAGAGGUGUUCGAUGAAGAUUAUGAGGAAGAUGAAGCAGAGUCUACAUCUAAAGACGAUGUGGAAGAUCGUCGCAAUGAGUUGCGACAUUUUUCAUCGGAUUAUCAGACUGCAAGCUAUGUUGAGCAUGAACGUGGCUCGCGCGAUUGGGAUAUUCCAUUUCUGCAUAUUGAAAGCAUAUUACAGUUGGGGUGGGAAGAGUAUCAUCCAAUAGCCUACGGACUGCUCGAGGUAGGGGCCAUAUUUCGAUCCAAAGUAGAGUUGAGGAUAGCUGUAGGAAUUUAUCAUUUGGAGCACUAUCUAGAGUUUGCAACUGAUCGUUCUACAGAUUCUCGUGCAGUGUACAUAUGUAAGAGUGGUAGAAAGAACUGCACUUUUAGAUUAUGUGCAGUAGAGGCUACAACUCUUUGGAGAAUUACUAAGUUGACAUUGGAUCAUACAUGUCAGGCGGAUUUGAAUCGUGCUACUACAGCACAGUCUGUGAGUGGCGAGGUUGCUGCAUAUUAUUUUGCCAAAAAAUUAAUCGAUGAGAAGGUUGUUUUGAGGCCAAAGGAGAUGAUUGCUGAGAUGCGUAGUAAGUAUGGCGUUCAAAUGCUAUAUUGCUUCGCAGUCCAAACUAGGCAGCAGGCGAUAGAGAGAACGUACAGUGACUUCAAUAUGUCAUAUGUGAGGCUUCCAUCGUAUCUUUAUCUAUUGAAACAACGUAAUCCAGGGACUGUUUAUGAUUUACAGACGACUCGUGAGAGAGUGUUCUGCCACAUAUUUAUUACCCUCGGACAAAGUAUUCGGGCUUUUGAGCAGUAUCUUCAACCGGUGAUUGUAAUAGACGGGACCCACUUGAAGGGAAAGAACAGAGGAGUGUUAUUUGUUGCUGUGAUAAAGGAUGUGAACGAUCAAGUGUUUCCUCUGGCAAUUGGCCUCGGUCCGAUAGAGAACGAUAAGUCAUGA